AUGACUGAACGAAUUUUCCCAGAGCAAGAAUCUUUUUCUCUUAUCCCUUACUUUUAAAAAAAAAAUACUUUCACUACUCAAAACAUACUAUUUAAUUUUAAAAAUUAAUGAAAUUGAUAUUAAAAUCACUAUUUUAAGGCGCCUUAUAAAUUAAAAAACCUGUUAAGAAAUGGAGUUAGUUUACCAAGACCAACAACUCCAACAACAGAGCAUAUAAAUGCAGUCAAUUUUGAAAAAACAAGAAACCAGCAUACUGCUGGAUAUCCUAAAUACAAAAGACCAGAAAUUUUCGACGACAAUGCUACUGAAAUAUAUCCAACUCUUUGACUAAGGUUCAGCCAGACUGCAACAUGCAUAGGAUGCAACAAAAAAAUUGAAACCAAAGUUUCAAAAAAGCUAGGAAUAGGCGGCUUAAUUGCUAUUUGCUGCUGCACAGCACUAGGAGCCUGCUGCUGAAUUCCUUGCGCAAUUUCUUAUUUUAAAGAUACAAUACACUACUGCCCUAACUGCGAAAUGAAGCUUGGCUGCCGGUCUUUUAUCUAG